CUCAGAACACCAAGGUUUGUUUUUCCUAGCCGAGCUCUCGUCCAUCUGGGGCCAUGUUCUGGUUUCACCGACUGUCCCUCGUCCUCCUGCUGCUCCACCUGACUGCCGCUCACAUCGUCUUUUUGGACGGCGAGGCGGCCAGCCAGGUUCUGACCCGACAGAGACGAGCCAACAGCUUCUUAGAGGAAUUCAAACAAGGCAACAUGGAGAGGGAGUGUCUGGAGGAGCACUGCGACUUUGAGGAGGCGCGAGAGAUCUUCGAAGACAGCGAGAAAACGAAUACAUUCUGGGCCAAAUACAUUGACGGCGACGCAUGCGAGUCGAUGCCAUGCGCUCACGGGGGCGUUUGUAAAGACACCGUUGGUGGCUACAACUGCUUCUGCCAGCCCGGCUACCAGGGCAGCACGUGUGAAAUCGUUGUUCCGGAGCUCUGUGAGAACAGAAAUGGUGGCUGCGAGCAUUUCUGUGCCGUGGUGGAAGGAACCAUUCAGUGCUCGUGCGCCAUCGGAUACUUCCUGGAGUGGGAUGACAAAUCCUGCAACUCCAAUGAGCCCUUCAAGUGCGGCGCCAUCAUCAGCGCAAACACCCGGACGGUGUUCAGGUAUGUUCGUCAGAACACCACGGACGUAAACGGCAUCAGGUCGAACACGACGGACGUAAACGGCAUCAGGUCGAACACGACGGACGGCAGCACCAACUCCACCGAGCCUCUUUUGCCAGAAAAUGCCGUUUUCGAGGAAUUGGUGAUCCCCGAUAGGGCGGUGAUGACCCGCAUUGUUGACGGCGAGGACUGUCCUCCGGGGGAAUGUCCAUGGCAGGCUCUCCUCCUGAACGAGGACGAUGUCGGAUUCUGCGGAGGAACCAUCCUCAACGAGUACAUCAUCCUGACCGCCGCCCACUGCAUGAACGAAUCACGCUACAUCUACGUCAAGCUCGGUGAGUUUGACGUGUUGGUGGAUCACGGCACCGAAGCCACCCACCGAGUGGAAACCAUCAUCACCCACAACAGAUACCGGCCGAACACCUACCACAAUGACAUCGCGCUCAUCAAGUUGGCCACGCCCAUCAAGUUCUCCAGGUUCAUCCUGCCGGCGUGCUUACCAGAGCAGGACUUUGCUGAAAAGGUGUUGAUGCGGCAGAAAGAUGGUUUUGUCAGCGGCUUCGGCCGACUCGGCGAAGGUCGGCAGCCGUCCUCCAUCUUGCAGCGCCUCGCCAUGCCUUACGUGAACCGGCAGACCUGCAUUGAAUCCACCGAGCUGCGCAUCUCGGCCCACAUGUUCUGCGCCGGCUACGACGCCAUAGCCAAAGACGCGUGCCAGGGCGACAGCGGUGGGCCGCACGUCACGCGCUACUCGAACACCUACUUCAUCACCGGCAUCGUGAGCUGGGGCGAAGGCUGCGCACGCAAAGGGAAGUACGGCGUCUACACACAGGUGUCCAAGUACAUCAGCUGGAUCCACAAGGCCAUCGCCAAGCUGAUGCCCGAAGACAAGAGCGGCGGCGGCAGAGCGAGGCGGCACCACGGCGCAAUCAAGAGGCUGGUUCUGUAA